AUGGCGAAGAGCUAUGAGUCGGGCAAAGGGGAGGGUAAAAUGCCUGAUAAACUUAAGGAGCCUGAUGACGCAUCAGAGGAUGAGGGGAGAACUGAUUCUGAAGUGAUGAACACUCGGUUGGAAAUUGAAAAAAUAAAGCUCGAACAAAUACGGGCACAAAUUGAGCUCCAAAAAUUGCAGAAGGAAAAUGGUGGUGGUGCAGAUGGGGGGCUGGGAUUACAACCAGAAUCUGGGGUAGCCCACUAUGCUGCACUCUUGACUAAUGUGCUCAGCCGGAUGCCCGGGGACAAAACCUUGGUGCCUGGCUGGUUUGAGGCGGUAGAAGUCAUAUUUCGAUCCUUUCAGGUCCCUGACGAAAUAAAAACUGUUCUGAUAAUGCCGUAUAUAGCUGACAGGGUCAGGUCAGCGAUCAUGUGCAGUGGCAUGAAGGAACUGCCAUCCUACGCUCAGCUAAAAGAACGAAUUUUACGUGAGCUAAGAUUAUCUCCAAACGAAUACAAACGACUAUUCACAACGGCAGGCAAAUUGCGGGAAGAGUCCUGGAGCCAGUUCGCCGGCCGACUUAAUAGCUACUUCAGUUAUUAUGUGAACAGUAGAAAAGUGGAUACUUACGAUGACCUGUUGCAACUAGUUGUCGCGGAUAGGUUGAAGGAGUCCCUCCCUAAUGAAAUAAAAGCAUAUGUUGCCUUGAACGAAACGGGGGAGUGGCUGCGUCCUGAGGCGAUAGCUAAGCUCGCUGAAUGCCAUCAGGAGAGUAAUGCACAGAGGGUCCCAAAACCCUAUCACAAGACAGACACUACUGGUGACUCUAGUCAGAGCGAGUCUAUGACGCCUCCGAAAGAGAGAGGUCAUACUGAGUAUGUCGGCGACACUCGACGCUGUUUCGCUUGUGGGAAACAGGGUCAUCUGGCAAGAAAUUGCCCUGAGACCAAUCCUAAGCUAACGGCACGAGUAAAAAGACCUUUAGACUGCGAACACGCCGAGCAAUCAAUCGAGGUACAUGAUGAACUAGUAUCACUGACUGAACAACACGAAGUGCUUGACGAAGAACGAUUUGUGCAACUCCGCUCAGGAGACAAGCGCUUGAAUGCUAGGGUCGAUUCGGGGGCAGACAUUACAGUGGUUCGAAGGUCGAUGGCCACCAUUUUGGACGAGAAUCAAAAAGGGAAGGUUCGGUUGAAGGGCGCUUUCGGCCACGAGGUGGAGGCCGAUCUCAUGUUUGCCCAGGGAAUGGUGAUGUACCUCGGCCACCAGAUCGGCUCUGGGAGGCAUGCUCCUGACCCCGUUCGUAUCAAGGCGAUUCAGAUCAUGGAGAGGCCAAAGACGAAGAAAGAACUGAAGAGCUUUUUAGGGCUAAUGAACUACUAUAGAGACUACAUUGCGAACUAUGCUGAAGUGGUGUUGCCGUUGACCGCUCGAACUGGAGACAGGACACCGAACGUGUUACCGUGGGGUGACGAGGAGGAACAAGCGUUUCAAAAGGCAAAGUGUCUCCUGAUGGAAGUCCCAGUCAUGAGAGCGCCAGAUGCCAGCCAGCCUUUUGUUCUGUCUACCGACGCAUCGGAUAGAGCUAUAGGGGCAUGUCUUGCCCAAAGGGCAGGUGAUGGGAAAGAGUACCCGGUGGCGUUUCUCAGUAAAAAACUAACUGAUCCCCAAACCCGGUGGGCUGUAAUCGAACGCGAAGCUUACGCGAUUGUGUGGGCCUUGGUUCGCGCGGUCAACGGCAACACCACUUCAGCAUAG